UAAAAACAUAUCAUUUUCAUUCCUCGUUGCAGCAAAAGAAAAAAAAAUUAAAAGUAGAAACCAAUCGAUCAUUAAUUAGAGCAACUUCCGUCAUUUCCAAUUGUUCAACAAACAACUAUACAGUGAAGAUGGUGAGGCGGUGAACUGAAGAUAGCGACGAUGCUUUCCACGGCCACCUCUCCUAUCAUGAUGAGUUAGGAAAACGAUAUUCACAGCAGCGGUUUGGAAGGAGAUUUACGACAGCAAUGGCCGUGGUGGCAGAGUUACAGAGAUGCAUAAUGUCGUCACCAUUCAUGGGCCGCAAACUGGACUCAAAGGGUAAUUGGAAAGCCUCAAUUUGUGGGCCGAAACCCGCCAAUGGUAAUAAUAAUUUACUGAAGAAGAAGAAGCUUUCUCAUCAUCACAACCACCACGUCACAAAAGCCUCUAUUGUGCCCAAUAAUGAUGUCACUACGGCACCAAUGGUUGAGCAACAUCAAGCAGACCCAAAAUUUGUCGCGUCGAUAAUUCUAGGUGGAGGAGCAGGAACCAGGCUUUUCCCUCUCACUCGAAGAAGGGCCAAGCCAGCCGUGCCAAUUGGAGGGUGCUACAGACUAAUUGAUGUCCCAAUGAGCAACUGCAUCAACAGUGGGAUCAACAAGAUUUACAUCCUCACUCAGUUCAAUUCCCAAUCCCUCCAUCGCCACAUUGCUAGAACAUACAGCUCUGCAAAUGGUGUGAACUUUGGUGAUGGGUUUGUGGAGGUUUUGGCAGCUACACAAACACCUGGUCAGUAUGGGAAGAGAUGGUUUCAGGGGACAGCAGAUGCUGUCAGACAAUUCAUCUGGUUGUUUGAGGAUGCGAAGCUAAGGCACAUUGAGAAUGUUUUGAUACUAUCUGGUGAUCAUAUCUACAGGAUGGACUACAUGGACUUUGUGCAGAAGCAUAUUGACACAGGAGCUGAUAUUUCUGUCUCUUGCAUACCUAUUGAUGACAGUCGUGCCUCGGAUUUUGGGUUGGUGAAGAUAAAUGAAACAGGAAGGAUCAAUCAGUUCCAUGAGAAGCCCAAGGGUGAUGCUUUGCAAUCUAUGAAAGUGGAUACCACGAUCCUCGGAUUAUCAGCUGAAGAAGCAAACAGGUCACCAUAUGUUGCAUCAAUGGGAGUAUACUUGUUUAAGAAAGAUGUGUUGCUCAAACUUCUAAGGUUGCAUUAUCCAACAGCCAAUGAUUUUGGAUCAGAAAUCAUCCCAAUGUCUCUCAAACAUUAUAAUGUUCAGGCAUAUCUAUUCAAUGGGUACUGGGAAGAUAUUGGCACCAUAAAAUCCUUCUUCGAUGCCAACUUAGCACUCACUGAGCAGAAUCCCAAUUUCCAGUUCUCUGACCCAAGGAAGCCAAUCUUCACCUGCCCCAUGUUUCUGCCACCAACAAAGAUAGAGAAGUGCCACGUGAAGGACUCCAUAAUCUCCCAUGGUUGCUUCUUGAAUGAGUGCAGUGUAGAACAUUCCAUUGUUGGGAUUCGCUCAAGACUGGAGUUUGGAGUUGAGAUCAAGGAUACUAUGAUGAUGGGAGCUGAUUACUACCAGACCGAGGCGGAGAUAGCAGCCGAUCUAGCUGAUGGAAGAGUUCCCGUUGGUGUCGGGAGAGAUACCAAGAUCAUGAACUGUAUCAUCGACAAGAAUGCUAGAAUUGGUAGCAACGUGGUGAUAGCAAACAAGGAUAAGGUGGAAGAGGCAGAGAGAUCAGCAGAGGGAUUCUACAUAAGAUCAGGAAUUACAGUUGUGAUGAAAAACUGUGUCAUAAAAGAAGGAACUAUCAUAUGAUAGAGAGACAGAAGUACUUGAGAAACAUGUCCUAUGGGAAUGAAUCAAUGAAUGAAGGCCAAGUUUCUUUUGAAAGCUGACAGACCAUAAAAAAAAAUGAGUGAGUCAAGUUUCUUGAGAAAUUAUAAAAAGAAAGAAGCAAACAACCCAAAAAUGUCAACCCUUCAUUUUUAAUUUCUUAUUAGUCACAAGAAGAACUCUUUUGUAUAAAUUCGUUUACACAGGAUGAUAGAAGCAGGACAACCAAAUUUUUGCCUUUUUCCCUGUUCGUGUUUUUCAUAUGUCAGUGAGGUUUCAAUCUUUUUUUUUUUUUUUUUGGGGCUCAUAUUAUGUAGUGGGAAGUAGAUAGGCUAUGAGAUUGUUGAGAAAUGAGAAGCAUUUUCUUUUUUAUUUUUGGACAAAGAAGCUUUUUUCAUUAUAUAGCCCAAUUAGAACAUGCCC